CAUCACCCGUCCCGUAUAUACACACAAGGACUACCUGUGCCCUCGCACUUAUCCUCAUCGAGCGCACACGGAGAAUGCAGACGGAACGAGAGGAGUCGUGUCCGUCGCCUUUGACUCGGCGAAGACGUGUUUCGCCUUCACCUCGGAUGCAGAAUCCCGAAAUGUCAUCGUCGCCGGAUUAUGUGCCGGUGAUCAUCCAUCUCCGACACGAGGGAGCUCCGAAACGAGGAAGCGUCAUCGAAUAGAAGAACGCUCGCGCGUCCGGUUUGCCGUGUCCGGAACCGUCCGGUAACCGAAACGAUACGAAACGGUAGCAGGCGAGCGCGAGUCGCACAUGCCGCGAUGCUAUAUAAAUAAUACUUGGCGCGCUAACUCAGAUCAGUCUACUUGCGGCGGCCGUACACCUACCUUGCCGUGACGACACGACAAUGCAACGUACCUUCAGAGAUUAAAAGCGAGCCAUUUUCUUCUCCCUUUUCUCAACUUAUAUUGUUUUUUUUUUUUUAUCUUUAUCUUUUUUUUUUUUUUAUCUCGAGAUUUCACACCUGUUCGCAAAUUUCUCUAUCUCUCUCUCUCGCGUUUUCCCGAGCCACUCUCAGCGUCGCGACGACAGGACCCUCGUCUCGUCUGGUGAUCCGAUCGGUGCUCCUCCUUCUCCAAGAUGUCGCACGUCAAUUUGGGAUUUACGUCGAGCACGGACGUUCUGCAGGACGCGAAAAAGUCUUCCUCAUCCAAGGAAUACAACAAUGGUUACCAAUCGAGCGAAAAACAACACAACAACGUUUACGUUUUGGAGCUCGAGGAAAAGAAGAAAAGCGCGUCCGAACAGGAAUACGAUCCGUACAAGUACAGGAAAGUGGAGCAUCCAACCACGGACGCGGAAACGAUGCUGCAUCUACUGAAGGGCAGUUUGGGCACCGGAAUCCUCGCUAUGCCGAAGGCGUUCUAUCACGCCGGAUACGCGAUCGGCCUGAUAGCCACGAUCAUCAUAGGUCUUCUGUGUACAUAUUGUAUGCGUAUCCUCGUUCAGUCCGAGUACGAGUUGUGCAAGAGAAAGAGGGUGCCGUCCAUGACGUAUCCGGCGACCGCGGAAGCGGCGCUGCUCGAAGGACCAGCGUUCUUGAGAUCAUUUUCAAAAACUUCCAUACACGUGAUAAACAUCUUCCUGCUAAUAUAUCAGAUGGGCUCUUGCUGCGUCUACAUCGUCUUCAUUUCUAGGAAUCUGCAAUUGGGACUCAGCAAGUUCGUUGAUAUGGAGCUGGAAAAGUACAUGGCGAUCAUUCUGGUACCCCUGAUCCUCGUUAAUUACAUCAGGAAUCUGAAAUUCCUGGCACCGUUCUCGACCCUCGCAAACGCUAUCAUGUUCACCGGCUUUGCCAUUAUACUCUACUACAUCUUCAAGGACCCGUUGUCGUUCAAGGACCGCGUUACCGUCGGGGAGAUACAAACUUUUCCGCUUUUCUUCGGCACCGUUUUGUUCGCUCUCGAAUCCAUCGGCGUGAUUAUGCCGCUGGAAAACGAGAUGAAGACGCCCAGAUCCUUCGUGAAACCCUGCGGCGUGCUCAAUUUCUCGAUGAGCAUCAUCGUCACGCUUUAUGCCGCCAUAGGUUUCUUCGGCUACAUACGUUACGGCAGCAAAAUCGAAGGCAGCAUCACCCUCAACCUGCCCGAUGAGGAUCUCGGCAUAGCGGUGCAAAUACUAUUGGCGAUCGCCAUCUUCUUCACGCAUCCCAUUCAAUGUUACGUCGCCAUCGAUAUAAUGUGGAACGAGUACAUCGGUCCGCAUCUCGAGAAGUACAGCUUCAAGCUGGCCUGGGAAUACGUCGUCAGAACUAUCAUCAUUUUGAUCACUUUUGCGCUGGCAAUCUCAAUUCCGGAACUGGAUCUCUUCAUAUCGCUGUUCGGCGCGUUGUGUCUAUCGGCUUUGGGGCUGGCCUUCCCGGCGAUCAUACAACUGUGCACGUUCUGGCGAGUGAUGGGACACACCGAGAAGAUGCUCAUGCUGGCGAAGAACACGUGUCUGAUACUGAUCGGCGCGCUGGGCCUGAUCGUGGGCACCUACACGAGUCUGAGCGAGAUCAUCAAGAAGUUCUCGUGAGAAUCGCGCAACGACGUUAAAGACCAGAUUCGAGAUCGCCGAGCGAGAGAGAGAGAGAGAGAGAGAG